UAAAGCUCAGCGGUCUCACUGUUCUGUCGGUCUUUAUUUUCUACCUUUUCCCACCCAUCUCGAAAUCAGGUAAAAGCUGCCCGAAAUUACACAAUGUCUGAGGAAAAGAAGAACGGCGAUGAGUUAAAUGACCUGCUGGACAGUGCUCUGCAGGACUUUGACAAGAGUGGUGCAGGAGACAAGCAGGACAAACCCUCUUCCUCGGAUGCAGUGGCCACCGAAGGAGCUGAGGGCUCUGAGGAUCCCGAUGCGUUUUUCAUUGAGCAGGCCAAGGUGUUGGCCGAUCGCAUGAACACGCUUUUCGGCGGUCCGAACACGCCCAGCGGCGACAUCCCGCCACUACCGCAGGAUCCCGACCAGAUCAUGGCCGGAUUCAAGAAAAUGGCCGAGGCCGCUGCUCUCACCUUGAGCGGCGAGAACUCCGCCACCGACGAGGAUGUCUCCAAGUAUUCAGACAGCAUUUCGCAGGCACUGAAGGGCCUGCAGGAGGGUUCCGAGAACCUGACCGCACCCGCUUCGGAGAACGACAUCGCCAGCAUGUUUGGCUCCUUGAAUCUGGAGGGGGCUGGAGAAGGCGAUGGUAACAUGUUCCUGCCCUUCAUGGAGGGCAUGAUGCAGAGCCUGCUCUCGGCGGAGAUUCUGCUGCCGAGCAUACGUGAGCUGCUGGAGAAGUACCCCAAGUACCUCGAGGAGAACGACAGCAAACUGUCGGCCGAGGACAAGGAGAGAUACCAGAAGCAAAUGGAGCUGUACAAAGUGAUCGAGGAGCAUUUACAGAGCGAAAAGGCCGACGAUUCCGCUGCCGUAAAACGCGAGAAGUUCCGCGUUGUUCUGGACGACAUGCGCAAGCUGCAAGACUACGGACAGCCACCGCCAGAGAUUCUGGCUGAGACGGGUGGUGACCUGCCCUUCGGCGAUCCCCAGGCCGCCGUUGCCGCCGGAGCACCUGGUCCCCAGUGCCCCACCAUGUAGUGGCUUGAGGAGCUCGGUCCUCCUCGUGGUGUGCCAAUUGGUUAACUGUUGAGUGUUGCACAUUUAUUAGGCUAAGCAAUUUGUAUUUUAUUUUAUCCCCGACAAAACAAUUCGGCGGUCGCUAAUGGUUAUCAUCUCUCUUCAAACGAUCUAUUAUUAUUUUGUAUUAUCAGUUGGUUUAUUAAGUUGUCUAUACCUAAAUACAAUGCCUCGAAAUACAAGCUA